AUGAAAAAAUUUAUAAAUAUAUAUAUUAUUUUAUUAGUUUUUUUUACAAUAUUAAAUAAAAGAAUUCACAUAAAAUGCAAACAAGAAAAGGUUGUGAAUGGGUUGAAUAAUAGAUUUAUAAUUAAUCGUGGUAAUCCAACUUAUAAUAAAAAAUAUUUAAAAAUUGUAAAUAAAUAUAUACAUAAGAAUCCUAGAAAAUAUAAAGGGAAAUUAUGUUUUAAAAACAACAAAAGUUGUAAGUUUAAAAGGAAAAAAAAAAUAUUUUUUAUUGAAACGAAAGUGGAUAAAAUUAAAAGACAUAAAUUGCUAUAUAAAAAUGUGAAAAGAAAUAAUGAUUUGUUUUGGGGGGAUAAAAUAUCAAGAAAUAAAUUAAAAAUAUGGAAAUUGUUUUAUAGUAAUAAAAAUAAAAAUAGUAGUGGAAUAUGGAGAAUAUAUUCAAAUGUAUUUGAUACUAAUAAAGAAGACAAUAUAUUAUGUAAAGAAGUAAACAACCCUUAUAUUGUUGGUUCCAAAUUUUUAUUAAAAUUUCGAAGAUGUUUAAUGGAUGAUAAUAUGGUAAAUUUUAUAUGGAUAUGCAAAAAUUAUUUUUUGGAAAAAAAAAUAUUUUUUUUAACAAUAUUUACAAUGCUGAAUAGCGGAAUAAUAAGUAUAAUCGUUCCAAUAUAUGACAAUAUAUUAUUUAAUAAUUUAACAAAUAAAAUAUUUGAUAAUUUUAUGUUUAAUUUAUUUAAUUGUGUAAUUAUAAGAAUUAUUAGUUUAGGAUUGUGCAUUUUAAGGAAUUGGAUUUUUAUGAGAGUUAGUUGUUAUUCAUUAAAAAGAGUAAAGAAUAUAUUAUUUGAAAUAUAUAUAAAUAAAAAUUAUGAAUAUUUUGAUAAAGUAGAUCAUAAUAGUGUUAUAAAUAGAUUAACAUUAGAAGCUUAUGAUUUUUCGAAUAUUAUAGCAUAUUAUAUAAAUCCAUUUAUACGAAAUUUGUUUUCUAUAAUUUUAAAUUUUUCCUAUUUAUUUUAUUUAAAUCAAAAUUUAACAAAAACUAUAUUUAUUUUUUUUUGUAUUUCCUCCGUUUUAACAAUUAUAUCAUAUAAGCUUAAGAGGAAAAGUUUGGCACAUAUAAAUAAAGAAAAAAAUAAAAAUGCUAAUAUAUCAUUAGAAUCUUUUAAAAAUAUUAAUAUUAUAAAAUUAUUUUCUACGGAAUUUCAUGAAUAUAAUAAAUAUUCAAUGUCUUUAAAUAAUAUUUUGAACCGCCAGAAAAAAAAAGAGCAAUUUAAUUUGUUACAUAUGUUAGUUAGUAAAUUGUUUGUAACUAUAACAUAUGUUUUUAUUUUGUUAAAAGGAAGUAGUUUAAUUUCACAAAAUAAAUUAGACAAUAAAACGUUUACUUCUUUAUUUUUUUAUAUUAACAAUAUAUAUUCGUGUAUAGAUAUAUUGGAUUAUUAUAUUGAGAUACGUGAUAUUAUUGACCAAAAUAAUGGAAUAAUAAAAUUAUUGAAAGAAAAUCUUCAAGGGGAAGGGAAUAAAAAUGUUGGAAAUGAAACUAGAAUAAUAGAAAAAUCCAAGUUGGAAAACAUAAUGGAAAAAAAAAAUGAAAAAAAUAAUAUGUCUAUAUAUAGGGAUAAAAAUAAUGAUGUUGUACUUGAAUUUAAAGGUGUAUACUUUAAAUAUCCAACUAAUAUAAACAAUAAUAAUUAUGUAUUGAAAAAUAUAAAUAUAAAAAUAAAUAAAGGAACUAACAAUGUUAUUUUGGGAAAAAGUGGAGAAGGAAAAUCUACACUUUUAAAAUUAAUUUUAAACUUAUAUAAAUCAUCAAAAGGAAAGAUAUAUUUAUAUAAUAAGUUAUUAAAUAAUUAUAGUAGUCGUGAAAUAUUUGAUAAAAUAACUUAUGUAGAACAAAAUUCUAAACUUUUAAAAAAAACAAUUAGAGAAAAUAUUACAUAUGGGAUAAAAGAUAAUACAAACUUUGAUAUGCUUGAUUUAGUAAAUAUUUCAAAAUGUUGUACUAGUCAUGAAUUUAUAAGUAGAUUAAGAAAAAGAUAUGAGACAAUUAUAUCAAACACAUCAGAAUUAAUGACUGCAUCUCAAAAGCAGAAGAUAUGCAUAGCGCGGGCUUUAAUACAUUUUCCCAAAAUUUUAUUGUUGGAUGAGUCUACGUCAGCUAUGGAAAGUAAAAACGAAAGGAUUAUUUUUGAGAAUAUUCAAAAAAAUGAAUUAUUUAAAAAUUUAACGAUAAUCCGAAUUACUCACAAACGUGCUAAUUUAGAUUUGGCUAAUAAUGUGUUUGUUUUGAAAGAUGGGUAUUUGAAAAAACAAAAGCAUGUUUAG